AUGGGUGCGGGAAUAGAGGCCGCGUCGGCACGGAGAAGGAAGGACGCACGCGCGCUGCGGCGUUGGCGCGGUUUGCGGCUGGCGCCUUUGGUGGCAACGGCCAGGACAAGCAGCGGUGUAUGGUGUUGUGCGGGGCGGACAGGGGCGGCGGUGGUGGACGGGGAGGAGGCGGUGGCGUGUGUGGUACGGCGAAAACGGGACGGACGGCCGGCGGAUGUUGAGAGGCGCCGCCCGCGCACGCACGCAGACACACAGAAGGGAAGAGCGAGAAAGGAACAAAUGGAGGGGGCGAAUGUGGAGGUGCGGGGAGGGGGAGGCGGUGGUGUUUGUGGGCAUGUGGUGGGAGAGAAGGGCGGGGGCGGAAGGACAGCAGAGGCGCGAGCAGAGGCGGCCAGCAAAUGCGUGCGGUUGGAUGGAUGGGCGGCCACGGCACGGCACGGCACCGCACCUGUGCCCAAGGAGGAGACGCUGGCGGCGGGCCACCCUCGGAUGCGGCCGGCCGGGGCUGUGUGCGCCGCUGCAACAACAACGAGAAGACGAGAUGCGGGCAGACGCGUACAGAGAGACGAGCCCGGUCUGCAGCAGGAUGUGUGGCGCGCCGAGUGCAGAGCAGCGCGCGCCGGCUGGGCUGGGUUCGGCUGGGCCCGCCCGGCGGCGGGCCGCGCCGUUGUCGCGGACGUGAGCGCCCCCUGGCGGGUGGUCGGAGGCGGCGCGGUGGACGUGUGGCUGGUUGGCAGUGCACAUUGCGAGUGGCUGGCUGGCUGGCUGGCUGGCGGGCGGGCGGUCGGCGGCGGCGGCGAGAAGAGAGAGGAGACAUCACAUGUGCUGCUGCGCACCGGUGGCGUGGCGUGGCGUGGCGUGGGGGCGAGGAGAGCGAGCCGCGCCAGUACCGCGCGGUGUGCUUGUGCGCCGGAGAAUGGCACACUGCGCCUGCCCGUUGAGGAGGCUGAUGGCCGUGGUGUGGUGGAAAUGGAGCGCGUCGGACGUGUACCAAUGAGAAAGAGAAACAAAGCAAGCAACCACGAACGAAAGGUGGAGGGCGGCAUUGUGUCACAUGUGGCGUGCGGAGCCCAACGGCUGUGUCGUCGGCCGAAUGGGUGCGGGAAUAGAGGCCGCGUCGGCACGGAGAAGGAAGGACGCACGCGCGCUGCGGCGUUGGCGCGGUUUGCGGCUGGCGCCUUUGGUGGCAACGGCCAGGACAAGCAGCGGUGUAUGGUGUUGUGCGGGGCGGACAGGGGCGGCGGUGGUGGACGGGGAGGAGGCGGUGGCGUGUGUGCAGAGGCGGCCAGCAAAUGCGUGCGGUUGGAUGGAUGGGCGGCCACGGCACGGCACGGCACCGCACCUGUGCCCAAGGAGGAGACGCUGGCGGCGGGCCACCCUCGGAUGCGGCCGGCCGGGGCUGUGUGCGCCGCUGCAACAACAACGAGAAGACGAGAUGCGGGCAGACGCGUACAGAGAGACGAGCCCGGUCUGCAGCAGGAUGUGUGGCGCGCCGAGUGCAGAGCAGCGCGCGCCGGCUGGGCUGGGUUCGGCUGGGCCCGCCCGGCGGCGGGCCGCGCCGUUGUCGCGGACGUGAGCGCCCCCUGGCGGGUGGUCGGAGGCGGCGCGGUGGACGUGUGGCUGGUUGGCAGUGCACAUUGCGAGUGGCUGGCUGGCUGGCUGGCUGGCGGGCGGGCGGUCGGCGGCGGCGGCGAGAAGAGAGAGGAGGUAUGUGUUGCGGGCGCCUUUGCUGCGCUGCGUCGUUGCGUGCCUGGGCGUGCGCCUGUCGACUGUGUGUGA